AUGAGCUCUCUCUUCCGGAGGCUACAUCAUAACCUCUUUGCCGCCAUGAAUCCCUUGAAGAGGCAGACCUCUCAGCGGCUUCCACCGCCAGCUCUUUUCCAAGGACCACCGUCACAUAAUGCAUCAAAUAUCUCCCUUUCCGUACCACAACCAGCCUCUACACUUGCGACUCCCUCGGGUGGUCAGCCUCCAAACCUCCAACGAAAGCGCUCCCGUGAUGGCGACAGUGUGGAGAAUCGUGGCUUUUUAUCGCCGUUCAUGUCAAGGCGCUCGUCCAAGUCUGAAGUGGAUGGGUCCGAUGCCAUCUGGCAAGAGAUGCAGACCGCCCUUUCCGAGGUGGAAUUGAGCGCCGUGACAAGCGAGCAUGUCUUCGGCGAGAAACACGCCGAAGCGUUGGAGGACCUGCGCAUGAAACAAUUGAGGCUCGCGCAGGCGUGGGCACGCAGUGAAGCAGAUGAAGAAGUUGUCGACUCCAGCCACACCACCACUGAAGGAGAUAGACGAGCCUCAAUUGAAGCCAAAACUGCCGAUGCUGCGACCGAGCAAACCCCGGCUAAAGACCGUGUCUCACAACAUAAACUGGACGAGGAGACUGAAAAGGAUAUUAAUCUUGCGCGAAAGCGUCGUGAGGCAAACGACCGCUACUUUGAUCGGGUCAAUCAGGGUGUACUGGACGUGGUCGCCAAGCUCGAGGAGGUGUCUCAGGCCAUGCGCACGGUCGAGCGGGAGAGCAAGGAUAUUUGGAGCGACUCGGAGAGCGUAACGACAGAGGCACCGGUAUCGGCCAAUGCAGAAUGA